UGAAAAAGGAAGUGACUCUGAGCUGAAAGGGGAGGAGUGACGACAGAACACACAAUGCAGAUCACGUCUUCAGUGUCUUUGCUGACUUUCUCUCUGCUGAGAUCAGAACAGUUCAUAAGUGUAGGAGAGUCAGAGUGAGGAGCUUCUGGACCUUCUGGACCUUCAGGUAUCCGCUGUGUUUGAAGAGUGAUGCUGCCAUGUUUUCCCAGAGCUCAGCAAAUAUUACAGCAGCACUGAUCCUCAUUUUACUGGCAGGGUCGUUGGCUCAGCGUGUGAAGGUUCAGCCGGAGGUGGUUUCGUAUCCGGGUCAAGUCGUAUCCCUGCGUUGCCAGUUUCCUGAUCCAGGCCAAACUCAGCUCACACAGUGUUUAGUGCAAAUUGCUGUAUGUGAGCUUCAGCCACCUGACAGAAACUUCUCAGUACAUCCAGCAUCGAUCAGCACAGAACCUGAAGUGUCCUGGAUUUUCGAAACAGCUGCUGGUGUCCGAACCAGCAUUGCAGUGUUUCACCCAAACUUUGGAAUUAAUUACUCCAAGUCCCCGGUGACUGGCCGCGUUAGUUUCACGAUCGACCCGCCCCAACUGGAGAAUCCAACCAUUCAGAUCACAGACAUGAAGUUAACCGAUGAGGGAAAGUAUAUCUGUGAAUACGCCACUUACCCCAGUGGAAACGAGCAGGGCGUCACCAACCUCGUCAUACUAGCCAAGCCCUCAAACACCGCCUCCACAGUCACUGUACAGGCUGGCACAGCCCCGGUCAUUGUGGCCCGCUGCGAGUCGGUCAACGGGCGUCCGCCAGCCACCAUCUCCUGGGUGACUUCAGUGGGGGGCAACGGAACUACCCCAACGGAGAUGGAUAACUUGGACAACACGGUGACGGUGAAGAGCGAGUACUGGUUGGUGCCGACUCCAGCUGACAAUGGCAGAGACAUCAGCUGCGAGGUGUCACACCGGACACUGACCAGCCCAGAGACUUUCCCCAUGAAGCUGGUGAUUGAAUAUCCUCCUCAGGUGCAGAUUGUGGGGUAUGACAGUAACUGGUAUUUAGGACGCACAAAUGCAGUGCUGACCUGCCAGGCUCAGGGGAACCCUCCCCCCACCAUCACCUGGAGAACGACGUCGGGUCUGAUGCCGGAGACGGUGCAGGUGAAGGAGAACAAACUGACCGUGCUGAAAGUGGACGAGACGGUGAGCACCACUUUCAUCUGUGAGGUCAGGAACGGCGUCAGCACAGGAACAGACCAGGUCACCGUGAUGGUCAGGGGCCUGCAUUUUCACACUGAUACAGAUAACAGGACUUUAGUAUAUGCAGCUUCUGGAGUCGUCGUGGUUUUGAUUCUGAUGUUCAUUGCUGUCUUUUUGUGGAUCAGGAGACGAGCAGCAGUGACCAGCAGAGAGAGAGAGGAGAGCAGUGGAGAGGCUCCAAAGUCUGGAGACGACACUUACUCAGCUCUGAACCCCAACACCACGUCCUCCGACUACGACACUCUGACUCAUGUUAGAGACUCUCCCAGUGACACAUACUCAGCUCUGAACCCCAAAAGCAUGUCCUCUGAUUACGACACUCUCACUCCUGUUAGAGACUCUCCCAGUGACACGUACUCAGCCCUGAACCCUGAAACCAGGACGUCUGAUUACGACACUCUGACUGUUGUCCGUCCUCACCCAGUGAUGAGAAGAGCUCCAGAGAACGAGAACUAACAGCUGUGUUCAUUUACUCUUCAUUCACCACUGUAGCUUCAGCUCUAUGGACAGAACAUUAAAGAGGCGUACGGAGGAUUUCUGAGGAUUAAAGAGCUUUUAGAGCUCAAAACACAUCAGAUGAUUCCUAAAGUCAGAGUGAUUCUCUCAGAUCAGUCAGAGGAGCUUCUGUUUAUGAAGGGUCUUUAUUCACUGUUGUGCUUUUAUACACCAUGAUGAUUCAGACACGGACCAGAAUCAGACAGUUCUGAUCACUCAGGAUGAACAGA